CUAAUUGUUACUUGUAACUUGACCAAUUAUUUCAUCUUUUAAUUAUUUUCCUCAUCUUCAUCAUUAACAUGAAAGAAAACCAAUUCUCAAUCACAGCAACAAAAACAACACAUUGAAAGGAUCAAAUUUCCCAAAUCAAUUAACGAUUAAUUACCAAUGGCGAUACCAGAAACCGAGAAACUAUUUCCUGAUUUGAAUCUAUUACAUCAUUUGGAUAACAACAACAACAAUUACAGUUACAAUAGUUUGAAUGAUAAUCAUUUCGAUCAACAAUCAUUCAACCAAAUCCUGAAGAAGAAGAAAAUUUUUCUCCAAAAUGAUUAAUAAAUUGCUUCUCACCUCUCAGCGGGUGUUUCUUUACCUCUCUUUCAAUUAGAGGGAUGAACUAAAUCAAGUUAUUGAUGAUCAAUAUUUCAGUGAUUAACUGACAAUCCAAGAAUAGUUCAAACAAUAGAGAAAGAAAAAUAAAACAAGAAUACAAAAUCAACUUUUACCAAUUCAAUUCUCUUUCAACUAAUCACAAGUAAUUGUGAUUUAAGUGAAAACUUUUCCACUUGUAUUAUUUUUAUUGAUUGUUUCCACUAUUGAAGGUGGAAGAUAAAUUAAAUUGAAGAAAGAAAAAAUUUAGGACAAAUUAAAAAAAGACAAUCAAAUAUCCAAGAGAAAACAAGGUUACAGGAUAUCCUAAAUUGCGAAGUAAAUCAACAACUACAACCGACAAUCAAUUAAGAAAUUAACAUUUAUUAUUAACUAACUUGUUCUUCAACAACAAUCAAAAUGAUUAACCAACAAUACCUUUGAUCCUUAACAGUUUAAGGUUGGAAACUUUUUUUUUCUUCUUUCAUUUUCUCAAUUUACUUUCACCGUUUAAUUUUUUUUUCUCUCGAUUUUGAUUGUAACAAUUAAAAUCACCUCAAUGGUCCCCUAGUUCAUGGACAUUGAUCAACUAAUCAUUUAACUGUUUUCUUAUUACGCUUCCAUGAUAAUCAAGUAAAUUCAUCAACUGUACCGUGAAACUUUCACGUAGUUAAUUGCUCAACCGCUUAUAGAUUGACAAUUAACUUUUACUUGAGUUGAUUUAGUUAACUCUCCCUCUUAUUAAUCAACAUUUUACUUUGCUCUGAUUCAGUUGUUUCUGUAUUUAGUGAAAAUUGUCAGUUAACUACUAAAUUUGGUUCGCGCUAAGUUAUUAUAUCAUUUCUUUGGAUUGACAAUCAAUUGAUUUUUGUUUAACUUUCGCCCGAAUAUGAUUCAUGUUAAUUAAUCAUCCCAAUUAGUGUCUUAAUUGGUAUCAAUUAACAUUUUCUAGGAAUUUUCUCACUUGUGGAUUAAAUUUGUGUUGUGUUAUCAUCAUUCAUUGGAAAUCGAUAAUGGCUGAUUAUCCAUCUUUACAAUCGUUAACAAUCAACAAAAUCUCAGUUCUGGUAACUGGAUCAAGUGGAUUCCUUGGACAACAUUUGAUUAAAUUACUUCAGGAAGAAGAUGAUUCAGUUUCAUCAAUUGUUUGCUUCGAUAAGCGACCAUAUCGAAACAAUCUCGGCCACAAAACGGAAAAGUCCAUGAAAUUCAUAACUGGAGAUAUUCGAGAUGAUAAAGUUGUCACCACAGCGAUGGAAGGUGUUGAUUGUGUCAUUCAUUGUGCUGCUGAAACUUCAAUCGAUUUCAAUGCUGAUGAGAAAUCCCUUUUCUCUGUUAAUGUUGAUGGAACCGAGAAUCUACUUAAUUGUGCAAUCGAAUCAAAUGUUAGAUACUUUGUUCAUGUAUCGACGAUCGAUGUGAUCUGUGGACCUGAUCCGAUCUAUUAUGGUGCCGAAAACACUUGUAUGGUUCCUAAAAAGCCCGUUCUUGGACCUUACGCUCGAAGUAAAUACGAAGCUGAACUUCGAUUUGGACGAUUAUCAACCGUAAUUGUCAGACCAACCCUGUUAUAUGGUGAAGAGGAUCCUUACUUUGUCAGCCAAUUAAUUAAAGUUGCUAAAUCAUCACCAGGUAAUUGUUUACCUCGAGUGGACAAUGUUUUCACACGGACUCAGGUCACUUACGUUGGCAACGCUGCUUGGGCUUGUUGUAAGGCCAAAGAUCGCCUUCGUUUGGACCCUGGUAUCGGCGGUGAACAGUUUAUCAUUACCGAUGAUACUCCAGUCCAAGAUCCGUUUGAUUUUAUCAAACCAUAUCUCGAUCAAGUUAAUUGUCGGCUCUCUGAUCGUCCACUUCCCUAUUGGAUAUUAAUCAUUAUCCUUGAGCUUAUCCUUAUUGUGGUCACUUUAAUCCGUCCCUUUUACUCAAUUGACCUUCCAGAGAAAUAUAAUCCACGACGAGUUCGUUAUCUAUGUACAACUUUUUUCUUCAAUCGGAACAAAUCGACCCUUCGAUUGACCUAUCAACCUCUUUAUACUCCCGAUGAUAGUAAAAAACGAUCAUUGGUCUACUAUGGUAAAUUGUGAUUCCCGAUAGUUAAUCACAAUCAAGUGUUCGACAGCCAAUCAAUUUAUACUUAAAAUCAACUUUUAAUUGUCAAUUUACUUUUUAUAAAACUUUUUUCUUCCUCUUA